GCAUUUGUUUCGAGUUCGUUGCGGUUGCCACGUUUGCUGUUACCAGAAAAACUAAAGAGAGGCAACAGUUCAAGCUAGAAGGGAUGUCCUGCAUCCCUUGCUGAAACCCACCGAAACCGAACGACAGAAUUGUUAGAUAACAAGUGUAGUAUUUACGACCCUAUUUCAUUUUCCUAUCCCCCGACCGAACCCUACGCGACAAGUGCCUUAUAAUAUGCAAAACGCUGACAACAAAGCGAGCAACAGCCAAUCGACUAAAGCAGAGCAAGACGAAGAAGCAGCAGCAUCAGCAACAGCAGCAACAGUUGAUGAAGAGGAUCAGCAGCCGGAGCUGGAGGAAAAGUUAGAUGAGGAAGUGCCGCAGUCAAAAUUAAAGACACGUUCACGCUUCUCCGCCGCCUUUCGCAGCCUGUCCAAGUCGAAGAGCAAAAAGCCCAAAGAGCUGCCCCAGGCAUCAAGGACGAGAAGUGAGGAGCAGCUGGCGUUGAUAACUGGCGCCGAAGAGGAUCAGAGCAUCGAUAGUGCUGGGGGUGGUGUCCCCAAGAAGAAACGGAGCCUCACACGCCGCCUGCUGUUGGGUGGGCUCAAGUCCAAAGCGAAAGUGCGACCGCACAGCUUAGCGACCAGCGAUGAGAUUAGCUUGAGGAGCAGCAGCAGCAGAGAACGGACAGCGACGGCAACGCCUACAAGCAGCAGCAGCAACACUCUCAAAAUAACCAUCAGUGGCAAGAAAGUCGAGCCGCUGCCAGCCAAAGGCAAAGCGGCCAAACGCAGUAAAAGCAAAAGCCACAACAGCGAAACGGAUUACCUGACACCGACACCACCGACAACACCAACAACAACAGCAGCAGCAGCAACAACUGCAACUGCAACAGCAGCAACAGCUGCAACUGCAACUGCAACAGCAACAGCAGCAACUGGAAAAUCAACAAGCACAACGACAACGCUGACAACAACAACAUCCAAAGAAGACACAACGACGAGCAGCAGCAGCAGCAGUCGCCGCACCACCAAACUAAUUGUGGCCAAGCUGGCCAAAGAGCCCAGCAAGAAGCCGAAGCAGAAGCAGCCAAAGACACAAGCCGAACCGGAGAAAAUCGUUAUCACUGAGAGCAAACGAGAUACACCGCCACGCGAGCGAGCACCCGCCAAGCCGAGUCGCGCCAAUGCAAAUCAGUUGGCCAGCAGCAGCGGAGCAGUGCGCAAGUCGAGCAACACUAGCACCACUAAUACCACCGCCACCAGCAGCAGCAACGUGCCCAGUCGCAAGGAGCGAGAUUUGCUGCAGCAGCAACAGCAGCGCGGACAUCGUGUAAAGCACCGUUCCCUCAGCAAUAGCAGCAACACCGGCACAACGGCCGCUCCAGCAUCUCCUGUGCCGGCGCUAGAGACGCCGCCAGUACAUCCACCACCGCCACCACCACCACAGCCAGCGGCAGCAGCAGGCAAGACCUCCACAAUAGUGGUAGUGAGUCUAAGCGACGUGGAGGAGCAAACGGACGCCGUUUCACUAGCAGAGAGUGCCGGCGCCCAGCCAGUGGUGCGCUUCGAGGUUGGCAGCGCUGUGCGUGGCCCAGCUGCAGACGUCGAUACCUAUGAGGCCGCCCUGCUUGCCGCCGCCACACAGCAGCCCAGCUCCAGCGAGGAGCUCAGUGAUUCGAGCUUGCGUCGCCACACCUUUGCCCAGCAGCCGAAGGUUGCCGUGAGCGAUCACGACAGCAUCGAGGGCAGACGGGAGACGCUACAUUAUCAGUCGGUGCGCGCCGGGGACUCCAUCGAGGUCGACGCCGAUUCGGAGAAGGACGUUGGCGAGGCCAAGCCCAUGCCAGCCUUUGGUGAUCUGACCAUGGAGCAGGAAAUGGAACCGACCAUCAUGGCGCCCAGCAGCGAGAAACGGGAACAUCUGUACAAGAUUCUAGUCAUCGGUGAACUGGGCACAGGCAAAACGUCCUUCAUCAAGCGCUAUGUUCAUCAGUUUUUCAGCCAGAACUAUCGUGCCACCAUUGGUGUCGACUUUGCAUUGAAGGUGCUGCACUGGGAUACAAAUACGAUAGUGCGCCUGCAGCUCUGGGAUAUUGCCGGACAGGAGCGAUUUGGCAAUAUGACCCGGGUCUACUACAAGGAAGCCGUUGGUGCCUUCAUUGUCUUUGAUGUGACAAGGAGUGGCACGUUUGAUUGCGUCAGCAAGUGGAAGGAGGAUCUGGACUCGAAGGUUCAGCUGCCCGAUGGCAGUCCCAUACCCUGCAUACUGCUUGCCAAUAAGUGCGAUCAGGAGAAACAGGGCAUUGUGACGCAGCCGGAACGCAUGGAUGAGUAUGUGCGGGAGAAUGGAUUCGCUGGCUGGUUUGAAACCUCUGCCAAGGAGAACAUCAACAUCGACGAAGCAGCACGUGCCUUGGUGAAUAAAAUACUCAUCAAUGACAAGCUGAUAACUGCCGAUGCGAACGAUGCUGAGAAAUUCAAUCUGAGCAGUGCUGCAGAUGCGAGUGCGGAUUCAAAGAGCAAGUGCUCCUGCUGACCUGGCAAAAAAAAACCCAGGAAGAAAAGCAACAUUACAAUCUAUUGGGCUUUACACACACACACACACCAAAGUCUGAGAUUCUUAUAUAGUAGAUCUGUUCCAUGAUUGUUGAUAAAAAAAAGAAGAUAACUAUAAAUAUGCUUAGGAUCUUUUGUAAAGUGUGUCUAAGACUUAGCGUCAUGCUUAUCAACAUCUUCAUCAUCUAAAAUCACUACGUGUGAGAUAUGCCAACACCUGGCCGUAUAACUUUUACCAGGAGCAGUGCGUGCCCAUAACUUAUCUAUAUUACUUUAUCACGACAGAUACAUACAUACAUUUACAUACAUAUGCAUUUAUCUGCUGGAGCUUAGUGCCUGAGAUAAUGCAGCAUCAUUAUACAUUUGUGUAAAAUACGAAUCAAGUCGUCCUCUUGUUUAUUUCUUAUUUGUUUUGCUUUCGUUACUGAGAUUUUUAUCUUGAAUUUUUAUACGUACGGUACACACAUUACAAUAAUUCAUACAUUAAUACAUAAACUCUGCCAUCUUUAUUUGCAUUUAGAUAAAAAUACGUUAUAUGCAACACACACAGAUUACAGCAGAAAGAAAUUUAUAUAUCUGCACGCAAUCAAAUAAACUUUUUAAUUGUAGUUAAGCCAACGAAAUGUCGUUUUCUUGCUUGUGAAGUAAACAAAUAAAUACGCAACUAAA